CCUGGGCCCUGGUCUAGGUCUCCCUGGAAGCUCCUGGUAACAAACAGCCCCUCCCCUCUGGCUGCGUAUCCACGGCAACCCUGUAGAGCCUUUCUCUCCACAGGCCUGCUUGUACCUCAGGCCUCAGCACCACCAGCAACAUCAAGAAUGGCCCCCAAGUCUCGUCAGGAGGCUGAAGAUGCUGAGGAAGAGGCUCUCGCAUCCCUGGUGGACCGAGAACCAGUGAGUGGCCAUGUGGGGCCUCCAGCGGGUGCCACUGCAUACCCGGUGGCUCCCACACGCCCUCAGAACGCCAAGCCCAGCUCCACCAGGAUGGUCUCCUCCAUCAACCUGCAGUCGGCCUUGGAGUCCCUGGACCCCAACACCCUACGGCUGCUCUGGGGGCAGAGGGAGUUGGAGAUCCAGGCCCUGCGGUGGACCAUCCAGAAUCAGCGUGAAGCCCGGCACUGCCGUAUCCUGCAGAAGGUGGCUGGGCUUCCGGCUGAGAGGAGCUCGAGAAGUCAGGAAAAAUUCCUGCAAAACCAGGUCCAAAAGCUGACUUUGGAGUUGAAAGCGCAGAAGGAAAAGGCCCAACUGGAGAAGGAGCGCCUGGAGGAGCGGCUGCAGCAGACAGGAGACGCGCUGCAGCAGCUGGAGGCCGAGCUGCAGGCCUUCCAGAAGUCCUGCCUCCUGCAGCUGGCCCGCUCCUCCUGGGUGGGCCGCAUGCUGCGGUCUUCCACGGGCAGCGUGGAGGUAGUGACGGCAGAGACCCUGAUGGACCUCAGUGACUUCUCUGAGAACGAUCAGGCCCCCACUGCUGGGGAGGGUUUCCGGCUGGAGGAUGUGGACUGGAACAGCAUUGCCCACCGGUACCCUAACCUCUUCACCAACCUCGAGUCCAGCUCAGAUCAAAAGCACCCCCGGACCCCGCAGCUUCCAACAGCCUCACCGCCUGACCAGUGGAGCUCAGAGCUGUGCUGUAGGCACCAGGAGCACAAUCUCAAGAGUGUCGAGUGGAGCUCCCUGCCCUUGGUGGGCACCAGCAGCUCCGGGGGCGCUGACUCCGAGUCCAGCAACAGCCAGCUGGCGGUGCAUAAUCACGUGCAUAAAGUGACAGGGGCCCGUCCCCCAGUGCCUGGCCGCACUGCCAAGCAGGUGGAGGCACGGGCACAGAGCCUCUGCAGGGACAGUCAGGCAACAUUUGAAGGGCACUGCGGGCCGGGUCCGGCCUCACAGGAGAUGUCCUCGGUAGACCCUGGACCCUCCAAAUUGGGGUCCCCCUCCCAGGCAGUCUGCCUCUCCCUGCAUCUCCAGAAAACCCGCUCAGACAAGCAGGGCAAGAAUGGCCGGGAGCCUAAGUCUGGGGUGGAUUCCCAUCUCUGGACUUCCGGGCGCUGUCCAAGCCCCAGCCCCACGGGCACCUGCCUGAAGAUCGUGGCGGUUAGCCGCCGCCAGAGGUUCGUGCGCAUCCUCAACCAGUCGCUGGAGGAGACGGUGGACCUGGGUGGCUUCAUGCUGCAGCAGCUGGUGCUCGACUUCCCUGUGUGCAUGUACCGCUUCCCACCCAACACCCUGCUGGCUCCGCGGCACCACAUCACGGUGUGGGGCGAGGGGCCCUGUAGCACCAAGCGGCAGCAGCCCUCCUCCCUGGGCCAGGAGCCCGUCCACUCCUACUCCAGCCGAGGCUGUGCGACCCUCCUCCUGAACCCCCAAGGCGAGGUCCUCAGCGAGCACCAGUCCCCACACUACGUGACCCCAGUGUCCAGGAUCUUCGCAGACAACACCGACUUGUCCAUCGACUGUUUCUCGCUCUCAGAGGCCCGGCCCGGAGCUGCCCUUGCGGAGCAUCAGCCCCAGCCUCGACCCCCGCGCAAGGGUCGGGUGCGGGAGGCCCAGGCUGGGCGCCGGAGGCCUGGGCCGCGGGUCGGGUUGCCCCGCCUGAGUACCAUCAAGCUCCUCCGCCAGCGGGAGGCGCCAGUAUGGCCCGAGGACGCGGCCCAGACCCACGCAGAGCUCUUGCCCGCCAUCCCCAGCCCCGAGGUCGGGAUGGGCCUCCAGGACUGCCAGGGUAGGAAGGAGCACAAAGUCCGGGUGUGCCGGAAGAGGGUGGACCGCGGCUGUCCCAUGGUGACGCUGUCGGUGCAGAGCACGGCUGAGAGCAGGUUCGGCUUCCGCUUCCUCAGCUACCCGCCCAUCACCGCGGACACUCGCUGGCCGCUGUAG